UGUCUGAAUACAGGUCCUUGUUUCUGCACGUCUCAUGGUUGCUUGGCAACUUAUUGGCAUUCCAAUAGGUGUCUAUGAUAUGUGUCACAGGUACUUGCAAGAGAGGAAACAGUUCGGAGUGCCAUUGGCAGCUUUCCAAAUUUCCCAGCAGAGACUAGUUCAAAUGUUGGGUAAUAUUCAAGGAAUGAUUCUAAUGGGUUGGCGCCUUUGUAAGUUGUUUGAGAAGGGAACAGUGACUAUUGGUCAAGUUAGCUUAGGAAAGUCUUGGAUUAGCUUGAAAGCAAGGGAGACUGUAGCUCUUGGGCGGGAGUUACUUGGUGGCAAUGGAAUCUUGACGGACUUCCACGUUGCAAAGGCAUUCUGUGACUUGGAGCCGAUUUACACAGGUGAAGGCACUUAUGACGUCAACACAUUGGUUACAGGCAGGGAAAUCACCAAGAUUUCUAGUUUCAGGGCAGAGUCGCCUGUAAUGUUAUCGAAUACUUUUCUUUUAGCUAAUACAUAAGUAUUUUGAGAAGAU